ACUCCGCGAAACUGGCUCGAAACGUUUAAAACAGGAUUCGCGUUGUUUGAGGUCCUUGUGCUACGAAAAUUGAUUUAAUUCUGUGAAAAAAAUGUCGGAUGACGAGGAAAUUCAGUACGUGAAGAAACAAAAGACGAUUCAUUAUGGCUCGUUGGAGGCUGCGGAACGAGCGAAACUCGUCAAAAGUGAGUCCGGGACCAAUGGAUCCGAAUCGAUUGCUGAUAUUGUGAAGGAAACGCCGCAAAUUCACACAUCGAAUGACUAUUUCGACAUUGAAGAGGAAGUUCAAAAAGACAAAUUAGCUCUUUUGGAGGAAUUUGAGCGGAAAAAGAAAGCGAGACAUGUUCAAGUUAGCACAGAUGACUCGGAAAUUAAGCGAAAAUUAAGAGAAUUAGGUGAACCGAUUUGUCUUUUUGGUGAAGGUCCGUUCGAAAGACGUGUGCGAUUGAAGGAACUUUUGUCGGCUAUCGGCGAGUCAGGUACAAAACGAACACAGGAAGACGAGCCAAAAAGUCGUUCAGGGCAAGAACAAGAAUCAACUUGGUAUCACGAAGGUCCCGAAGCUUUACGAAUCGCGCGUCUCUGGAUCGCCAAUUAUUCACUGCCUCGCGCCAGAGAUCGUCUCAAAUACGCUCGCGAACUAAAAGAACUUCCGAGUGCCGUAAAAGCCGGGCGUACAGUCGAAUUACAGAAGAAAAUUCAAUCGCUUCAACUUCAAUGCAGUCAAGUUGGCGACACUCGUCCCGUCAAUUGUUGUAAUUUCAACGAAGAUUCGAGUCUCCUUCUUACGGGCAGCUGGACAGGCGUUUCCAAAGUUUGGUCUGUGCCGGAUUGUGAUCUCGUACAAACGCUCAAGGGGCAUUCGCUUAACAUUGGAGGUGCGGUUUUUCGGCCUGGCGUUAAAAAAGACGAGGAAAAUGUCGUGGCGAUGGCUUCGAGUUGUGCGGAUGGCAUGGUGAAGUUGUGGGCGUUCAAAAAUGAGGAAUCAAUCGCUGAUAUUACGGGACAUUGUCCGCAUCGCGUGUCAAAGUUGGCGUUUCAUCCGUCGGGGAGAUUUUUGGGAACCGCUUGUUACGAUGCUUCGUGGAGAUUUUGGGAUUUGGAACAGAAACAAGAAGUGUUGCAUCAAGAGGGGCAUGCAAAAGCAGUUCAUUGCAUCGCUUUUCAGGGAGAUGGAAGUGUGUCAGUCACGGGGGGUCUCGACACCUUUGGCAGAGUUUGGGAUUUGCGAACAGGUCGUUGCAUUAUGUUCCUCGAGGGCCACUUGGGAGCUGUCUACGGAACUGAUUUCUCGCCCAAUGGCUUUCACAUUAUCACAGGAAGUGCUGACAAUACAAUUAAAAUUUGGGAUUUGAGACGAAGACAAGCCGUUUACACAAUUCCCGCUCACACAAAUAUCAUUUCCGACGUAAAAUAUCAGAAAAAUGGAGGACAAUUUCUCGUGUCGACGAGUUAUGAUAACACAGCAAAGAUUUGGAGCAACAAAACGUGGCAGCCCCUCAAAACCCUCACCAUGGAUGGAAAAAUCAUGUCUGUCGAUGUUUCCAAUGACAAUUUGUACAUCGCCACAACCUCAUACGAUCGGACUUUUAAACUUUGGACACCUGAAUAAACAAUAUUUUGCGUUAAUUUUUAAUAA